GGAUAAGCGCGGUGUUGGGAGUGUGGUGAUAUCAAAAUUUCUCACAAUCAUCAUGGAUAGACGGAAGUUAUCGCACUUCAGGGUUAAUGAUUGCAUGAUGGUUUAAUUUUAAAUCAAGUGUUUUCUGCCUUUAAUACCCUAGCAUUUUGUUCACCCCAGAUGAAGGCACCUCCUAACCCCAGCCGUGUUAUUCAGUGCUGCUUGUUGUGCCCUUUAACUCUGUUUUGAGUUCCUCUUUAGUUUAUAGUGACCUAAAACAAACACCAUGGAUGAGAGAAGAUAUUCCACAACGGGGGAGUCGCUGUACCAGACGCUGGGCGUGCCAAAAGAGUCCACACCUGAAGAGAUAAAGAAGACCUACAGGAAGUUGGCCCUCAAAUAUCACCCUGACAAGAACCCCAACAACCCUGAGGCUGCUGAGAAGUUCAAGGAAGUGAACCACGCACACCGCAUCCUGAGCGACCAGACCAAGCGCAACAUAUACGACACGUACGGCUCCCUGGGGCUGUACAUCGCUGAGCAGUUCGGCGAGGAGAAUGUCAACACAUACUUCCUUGUCAACUCGGGCUGGUGCAAGGCGCUGUGCUUGUUCUGCGGUAUAGCGACCCUGGGUUACUUCUGCUGCUGCUGCUUCUGUUGCUGCUGCAACUUCUGCUUCGGCAAGUGCAAGCCCCGGCCACCCGAGGACAGCGGCGACUACCAGAACCUCAAUGCUGACGCUGAUCUCUUGCCGGAAAAUCAGGAGCCGAAAAAUCCUAGCGACCCUGUCACUGAUCAGCCCAAGUCGUCGGCGGCGGCGCCGGGCAUCAAGGAGGAGCUGGAGGAGGAGGCAGCUCGUGGUGGAGCAAGUGGUGGAAGCGGCCAGCCCGUGACGCAGCAACCAACCAGCAACCCGUUCAAGGCGGGUCAGGCUGCGGGAGCGGCGGCAGGGGGCCAGCAGUGGGCCAGUGAGGGCCCGGGUGUGGCCCCCGCCAGUAACCCGUUCAGGGCGGGGCAGCAGCAGCCUCCCCAGCAGCCAGUGUACGCGAUGCCGGCACCGGGGCAGCCCACCCCUCCUAGCAACCCCUUCAAGGCCGCCAGCGAAAACUCUUCGCUCAACUCGGCCCAGCAGCCCACCUACACACCAGGUGCGGGCUCGAAUUACUGAACGGCCGCUCAGUCAAGCCGAGGCCUGUGAAGACUCGAUGACCCGUACGCAGCCAUGACGGACGCUCCGGUGGCCUCGGGAUAGUUCAUCACAUUCACUCGUUUCCUUCCUACUUUAAGUCACCGUUUACGUCCCUUCAGUGCAGUCUCGUCUGAAUAAUUUUAGCAGGUCUCCAGCAUUCCUGUUCUAGGAGCUCGUUCUCGCUGUCCGAGACUUUGCAUUCAUGUUCUCGAAGAACGUAGCGAAACCAUCAUUAAAUAUGUCGUGUUCUCAUAGGAAAAUCUUCCAAAUCACAUUGAAAAAUUGUACAUGUAUUUAGUAAAGAUCCCUAGAAGAAUAUAUUAUGAAUAUCGUUAGUUUUUCGUGAUUUAUUUCUUUAAUUUCUGCACUUCAUUCCGGAGUCUGCAGAAAAUUUCAACUCUAUGAUAUGUUUCUGUCUGACUCCAUAGAAUUGUUUUUUUCCUCCAAAAAAGCUCUCCGUCUUCCCGCUGACUGGUGAUUAUUCGCCAUUUAAGGACUUGGUUGUUCACUGGUCUGCGAAUGUUGGCGAUUCUAUCUAAAAAGCAUCGCAUAUCGCAAUAAUGUCUUGUCCUAACUAUAGGAAAUAUUGGUCUGAGCACUCACGUGCAGUUGGUUAAACCGCCGCUUGUGGCGCCAGAGUAUCAGGCUACAGCGUUGGCGCCCGAGUAUCGACGUCCGACUGCGGUGUUGGCGCCCGAGUGAUGGGGUUUUUACCCUUUGUUUGGUUGCAUAGUUUUACGUCAGCUGGUGUAGGCUUUGUUGUAUCUAUAAGUCGGACAAGGAAUAUAUGCCAGGUGUGCGGAAUUGUUUUGAAGUGCAUCUCUGCUCUUCUUUGUCUGCUUGCUUUUAUCAUGUACUCACUGCCUCAUUUAUUAUGAAUUUGAUUAGCAACGAAGAAAUGUCCAAGCAGUUGCACAUUAUAGAUCAUGAUCUUUGCAAGGCAUGCGGCUGAUGUUUGCUUGUGUUUGUAUCGGUGAUUGAUUUAAGCUUGAGAGCCAAGGAGAAGUUUUGUGCAUCGACAUAGAUUGGAAUUGAAAUUUUAACACGAAGUAUACAUAUUUAUUUAUAUUUUAAAUCUU